CCGCGUGGACCGGGGCUGACACCGCACGUCCCUCUGCCGGGACCCCUGCGUCCAGACCCCGAGACAUGGCGGCCGACGGCAGCAAGGUGGCCGACGGGCAGAUAUCCACAGAGGUCAGCGAGGCCCCUGUGGCCAACGACAAGCCCAAAACCCUGGUGGUCAAGGUGCAGAAGAGGGCGGCGGACCUCCCGGACCGGGACACGUGGAAGGGCCGCUUCGACUUCCUCAUGUCCUGCGUGGGCUACGCCAUCGGCCUGGGCAACGUCUGGAGGUUCCCCUACCUCUGCGGGAAGAAUGGCGGCGGGGCCUUCCUGAUCCCCUACUUCCUGACGCUCAUCUUUGCGGGGGUGCCGCUCUUCCUGCUGGAGUGCUCCCUGGGCCAGUACACGUCCAUCGGGGGCCUGGGCGUGUGGAAGCUGGCCCCCAUGUUCAAGGGCGUGGGCCUUGCCGCUGCUGUGCUGUCGUUCUGGCUGAACAUCUACUACAUCGUCAUCAUCUCCUGGGCCAUCUACUACCUGUACAACUCCUUCACCACGACACUGCCAUGGAAACAGUGUGACAACCCCUGGAACACCGACCGCUGCUUCUCCAACUACAGCAUCGUCAACACCACCAACAUGACCAGCGCCGUGGUGGAGUUCUGGGAGCGCAACAUGCAUCAGAUGACAGACGGGCUGGACAAGCCAGGUCAGAUCCGCUGGCCUCUGGCCAUCACCCUGGCCAUCGCCUGGAUCCUUGUGUAUUUCUGUAUCUGGAAGGGUGUUGGCUGGACUGGAAAGGUGGUCUACUUCUCGGCCACGUAUCCCUACAUCAUGCUGAUCAUCCUCUUCUUCCGCGGCGUGACACUGCCCGGCGCCAAGGAGGGCAUCCUCUUCUACAUCACGCCCAACUUCCGCAAGCUGUCCGACUCCGAGGUGUGGCUGGAUGCGGCUACCCAGAUCUUCUUCUCCUACGGGCUGGGCCUGGGAUCCCUCAUCGCGCUUGGGAGCUACAACUCUUUCCACAACAACGUCUACAGGGACUCCAUCAUUGUCUGCUGCAUCAAUUCGUGCACCAGCAUGUUCGCAGGGUUCGUCAUCUUCUCCAUCGUGGGCUUCAUGGCCCAUGUCACUAAGAGGUCCAUUGCUGAUGUGGCUGCCUCAGGCCCCGGGCUGGCGUUCCUGGCGUACCCGGAGGCAGUGACCCAGCUGCCCAUCUCUCCGCUCUGGGCCAUCCUCUUCUUCUCCAUGCUGCUGAUGCUGGGCAUCGACAGCCAGUUCUGCACCGUAGAAGGCUUCAUCACAGCCCUGGUGGACGAGUACCCCAGACUCCUCCGCAACCGCAGGGAGCUCUUCAUCGCUGCCGUCUGCAUCGUCUCCUACCUGAUCGGCCUCUCUAACAUCACCCAGGGGGGCAUUUACGUCUUCAAACUUUUUGAUUACUACUCUGCCAGCGGCAUGAGCCUGCUGUUUCUCGUGUUCUUUGAGUGUGUCUCCAUCUCCUGGUUUUACGGUGUCAACCGAUUCUAUGACAACAUCCAAGAAAUGGUUGGCUCUAGGCCCUGCAUCUGGUGGAAGCUCUGCUGGUCCUUCUUCACCCCAAUCAUUGUAGCGGGUGUGUUCAUUUUCAGUGCUGUGCAGAUGACUCCUCUCACCAUGGGAAGCUACGUUUUCCCCAAGUGGGGCCAGGGCGUGGGCUGGCUCAUGGCUCUGUCUUCCAUGGUCCUCAUCCCCGGGUACAUGGCCUACAUGUUCCUCACCUUAAAGGGCUCCCUGAAGCAGCGCGUCCAGGUCAUGAUCCAGCCCAGCGAAGACAUCGUUCGCCCGGAGAAUGGUCCAGAACAGCCCCAGGCCAGCGGCUCAGCCAGCAAAGAGGCCUACAUCUAGGGUGGGGGUGCUCGCGACCCACACUCUCACCCCCAGCCUGGCUGACUACACCACCACUUGACGUCUGAGGAUACCGUCGAUCUCAACCUACCUCGAGUGGCGAGUCCAGACACCAUCACCGCGCAGAGAGAGGGAGGCAGGGGACAGUCACCCCCCUGGGCCCGCCGUGGGCAGAUCCCCGACGGCUCCGACCCCUGAAUCCAGCCCCUUAAGCACCAAGCGUUGGUGACUGCCAAGGUAGAUCACUUUUAUCCCGCCAGCGAGUGUGACGGGAGAGGCCGCGCCCUCCUGGCUUUUAGUGGUAUUCCCGACUGUUCUCUUACUGCUGAAACCCACGACUGUUAUCUGGACUCUGCGGGAGCUGGGUGCUGUGGGGACGCUGCUCUGUGCGCAUGGAAAGGGCAUUUUGUGUAGCGGGGAUUUCCAGGGAGAGCUCGCUCCUCAGUGAGGGAGCCCGGAGCUCUUUCAGUGUUUGGUUUUCUCCUUCCCGAGGCAGCUUGACAAAACGACCCCCAAGGACCCCAGUCCGUAUCCCCAGAGCAGCUCUCUCGAGCAGCCGGUGUGGGGUCCUUCCUCCCCGCCGCCCAGCUGAUCGAGCAUCUCUGUAGCUAAGCUUUCCUGGCCCUCCUCGCCAGGCCGUUCUGCUUGCACCUGCCCAGCAGCGAGCGUUCCAGACAGGCCCUGCUCUUUGGAAAACUGCCACGAGCACAAUUGAUCUCUCUGUCGCCAUUCCUGGGGCCUGGGAUCCCGCUGGGGAAACGCCCUGAUCAGGAGCCCCAGUUUCUCUGAGGCGGCCCAGCGUUACAGAGCACAGGACAGUUGCAGAGGACGUCAGGUGACGCUGUGUCCUUGAGCCGAAUGCCCCGGUUCCCUUCAGGCCCUCUCGGGCCACUGCCCUCACUGCCACCCCAUCAAAGCUGCUGCGUCUCACCUUUGCAGUUCCUCCCCGGGAUCUCCUCACUGCCGCUGACCCAGGAGCUAGUGUUAGUGCUUCCAAGAUCAAGCCUGCUUCCUCACUGGGAAGUAGUAUUUGUUCCCUUCCAGAAUUGGGCUCCCUGGUGGUGGUGGCAAAUCGGGUGAAGACAGUUCCUUGCAAGCUCCGGUAACUCAGCGUCUCUCCUUUGCCAGGAAGAUGGGUUCCCAUGUAGUGAAUCGUCUCUUGUGCCCCGUAGCUCCUUAGCUAGUUAGCUCACAAACUGUGUUUUACGACUAAUCCUUAAGAACUAUGGUAAAUAACUGUGACUGUGGGUUUUUUAAUCUCUUGUCAUCCUCAUCCGAAAGUGACCAGCAUACCAGCUCUUGCAAUAAGUAUUACCCUCAGAAUAUUAAGCACAUUAUUGUAGAGAAAACAGAAAGUACCUGUACACGUGUAAAUGCACACACAUGUCCCUUCAUCCUCACGUGUGGUAUGUAGUUUCUGUAGGAAAUCUGAAACCUCUUCCUGAGGUCAUCUGUAAAAUAGGCUCAUUGCUAAGGCAUCGCAGAUGCUGACCGGUGACUCCAUGAUCAAAAUGCAUAUGUGUUGUUACAUAAUAGGGUUUAGGAUGGGAGGAACCCUUCACUGUGCCAUGGUCCCACCCCCAUCCUGUGUGAAUUCCUCUAGAAUAAGGGCAGAAGACGUGUCUUUGUUCUUCAGUGUGAAACUAGACCAAGUCUUUCUAAGACAAACGCAGUGUAUUUAAUGUUUGUAAGCAAAUCUAAGUGAGAUGUUUGGCAAGAAAUCCCGUAACUGAUUUCCAUCCAAACCUACUUAUAUAGCACAAUAUUACACAUCGUACAAUUCCUGUGAGAACUGUGAAUAUGUGUCACUUUUUUUAGUAUUUGCCCUGGGGGGGAAUAUAUUGUAUUAUCAUAUAUGCUGUCUUUUUUGCAAUAAGGAUUUAUUCUCAGAUCACUAAGUAAAUUUAUCUCUAUAUUAAAAAAAUAUGUAAUAUAUACAUAUUCAAACUAUAUACAGAGCCUGUUUAAAAAAAAAACUACAGUAUUAUUUAGUAAAAUUAUCUAUU